GGCGGACCCGAUUGCGCAUGCGCAACUCACAUCCCCCGUUGACUCGGAUCCUUUAGCGACAGGAUUCCCUCACAUGUCAAACACAGCACAACACUCCGACGUUUCUCUGAAGUUUCAGUAUCACCGUCGUCAGAGCUGAGCAGCAGCCGGAUAUGGCCUCUUCAGCCGUGGUCACGGUUCGUCUCGUGAGGUCCUUCGAGCACAGAAACUUCAAACCGGUCGUGUUUCACGGAGUCAGUUUGGAGCAGACGGUGCAGCAGUUUAUUCACCUGGUCAGAGACGAUAUUGCAACAAGACCAGGACUUCCUCCACCUUUCAGGAAAUAUGCGUAUGACACAAUGAAGAUUAUCCACCAAGCACAUGGAGCGAAGACAAAUGAGCUGGUGAUGAGUUUAGAGGACGAUGAAAAGCUGAUUCUUCAAGAUGGCCUGACGCUCAGCGCUGCUGGCGUCGCAAAUGAGACAGAAGUGGCCUUCUUCAGGAAAGAAGACUACGGUCUCUAUAAGGCGAAUCCUCACACCACGUGGUGACCAAAGUAUUUUACGUUUACAGCAGAAAAGAAGCCUUAAAGGACAAAGAGGUCAAAGGUCAAGCAUGCUGGGAAAAAAAAAAAGAAUGACGCCAUAAUGUUUUAAUUUGUGGGUUUGUUUUUAA